AUGGCGGAGUCCGAGACCCUGGACGCGUUCGCCGGCAGGCUUGGAGGCAUGGCGGCGCGGUACGCGGCGCUGGGCUCAACCCUGGAGGACUCCGCGCUUGUGAAGAAGCUGCUCUACUCGGUGCCGGACCGCCUGUACGCGGCGGUGGCAGGGAUCGAGCAGUUUUGCGACGUGUCGGAGAUGCUCUUCGAGGACGCGCUGGGUCGUCUCAAGGCAUUCGACGAGAGGCUGCGGAGGCGUGGGCAAGACGGCGGCGAUCGCGGCGGCGAGCAGCUGUUGCUGACCAUGGCACAGUGGCAUGCGCGCGAGCGGCGUCGGGGCGGUGCACAUGGAGAGGACGACGGCGACGGGGCGCGCAGCGAGGCGUCGGGCUUCGGCGGGAAACGGCGCGGCCGCUGCUACAAGUGUGGUGAACGCGGGCACUUCAAACGCGAGUGCCCGCAGUGGAAGAAGGCGCCGGUGGCGGAGCAUGCACUGCAGGUCGACGGCGACGUCGAGGAUGCCGGCCUGUUCUGA